UACAAAAUAAACACAUUUUGCAUUUGAGAAAAAAUUGGACGAGAAUACAAAAAUGGCAACGCGAGGAGCUGCUGCUGCGUUCGUAAUAUGGAAGCACCGAAGCAACCCUUCUCUUCGAUCUCAAUCAUCACACCAUUUCUAUCCCGUUUUCAAACCUCAAAUCAUCCCAAAAGGGUUUAGAUAUCAAAUUAGGGCGAUACAAGGAGCAAGUGUUGAUCCCGUUACACAAUUAAAGAACAACGAUGAGCCAAAACCUGAGAAUUGGAAAAUCAAAAUGCUUUACGAUGGGGAUUGCCCUCUCUGUAUGCGUGAGGUUAAUAUGCUUAAGGAAAGGAAUGAGGAAAAUGGAACGAUAAAGUUCGUUGACAUCAGUUCCGAUGAUUAUUCCCCGCAAGAGAAUCAAGGGCUUGAUUACAAAACAGUUAUGGGGCAAAUCCACGCGAUUCAGUCCGAUGGAAAUGUGGUAACGGGUGUGGAGGCAUUUAGGAAACUAUAUGAGGAGGUUGGGCUUGGGUGGGUUUACACUAUCACUAAAUUUGAACCAAUAGGGAAGGUAGCUGAUGCAGUGUAUGAUUUCUGGGCUAAGUAUCGACUUCAGGUCACAGGGCGGCCACCUAUAGAAGCUAUUUUGGAAGCGAGAAAGAAAAAUAAGGUAGAGACAUGUGGUGACAGUAAGGCGUGCAAGACGUGAUUUUUCUUACAAAUUCACAUAUACCACAGCCAGUUUGGACUUACUUAUACUCUCUUGCCCACAUUUUGUAAACUUGAGUGUUUCUAUGUAUUAGAAAAGACCUCGUUACAUAUAUUUCCGACCAGAUCUUCCUUUGGAAA